AAGAAGAAGAAGAAGAAGCAUUGAAAUAGAAGAAGAAGACGAAGAAGAAGAAACGACAACGACUAAAAAUGUUGUCUGCGAAUACCCUGUGUAGAUUACGACUCGGUAUCGUUUCUCAUUCACUUAAUGUCACUCGCAGUAAAGCCGCGUUUCAUGGUUCGCGGCUCACCGUAUAUUGUGUCAGUGUAGUGAGCGGGAACCAGCUCACGUUACAUGAUGCGAGAAGGUCGUUACUCAACCUAAACAAAAAGGUGCAGUCUCACUACCUGUCUAUCCGUGGUCUCUCCAUGGCGACCCAUUCUGACGAUGGUAACCUCAUUUACACUGGCAACCUGGGCAGUGCUGUUCGAGGGCUAAAGUUAUUUUCUUACAGCACAAGUGGUGUCAGCCUUUUUCUCAUGCCCCACAUCCUCCUGAAGACUGGAGUAGGAGUCCAGAGCAUUGCUGUGCAGGCUUUCUGUGGAGGCAUUGGCUUCUUCACCUUCCUCACCCCCAUCCUCCUUCACCUUGUCACCAAGGGCUACGUCAUCCGCCUGUACCACAACCCAGACAGAGAUACCUAUACUGCCAUCACAUACAGCAUCUUCCUUACUGAGAAAAAGAGCGUGUUUCACCAAAGGCAGGUCAGGAUCCCAGCUGUCAGCAAGAUGUUCACAACCUUCUAUGCCAACCACAUGGGCUUGCUGGUAAACCCAGACUUGUUCCCCAUCCCUCAUGAUUACAACCACCUGAUGGGCUACGAUAAGCCUUUCAAGUUUGACACAGACAACAUGAACAGACCUGAUAAGAGCUGAAGGACUGACAGGUUUAAUGUGGUGUUAGUAUAUGAAUUAUAUCCAUAAAUCCACACUGCACAGUGCAUGCACUAUUUAAAGUGAGUUGAAACACCCUCAAAGGACCAGAAUAAUUUCUAAGCUAGAUGUCCACAUUUUUAUUUUGGUUUAUUUUGUUAUUUUAUUUCAUUUUAUUUUCUUUUGCCAUUUCAAAUUUGAACUUCUAUAACCAUUGCAAUAUUGAGUCACUCUCUAACUUAAACUUGAAGUAAUUUCAUAGUGCUUUCUCAGUAGGGCUGAGAAUAAUUUAAUGUGUUUCAUUAGUAGUGCUGAUGCAAUAAGAGAUUUUGUACUGAUAGCAAGUGAGUGUUCUGUAUAACUUUAAGGAGCAUAUUUUUUUUCCAGAAAAUCCUUUAUUAUGUUUUCAUGUUUGCAGGUUUGUCAUUUAAGUGACUGUUCUAAAUUAUCAGCAACAAUUUUGGAGUUUUUUCCUAAUAAACUUUAUCUUGAAGUAUAAA